AUGGUUGAUAAACACAUGUGUCGUCGUGGCAGCAGCAGGUUCCCUUGGCAACUAUUAACAAUGGCCUGUAGUCAUCGGUCUGGGGGACCAUCAUUUCCUCCUUAUGCACAUCAUGAAGCAGUUACCUCCCUUGCUGCCAGCCAGAAUAGAUUUACAUGUGAUCUGUACACAAAACUGGCUGAGAAGAAGUCAGGCAACCUCUUUUACUCACCCUUCAGUAUUAUGACAGCUUUAGGAAUGACAUAUGCUGGAGCAGGAGGAAAUACUGAACAAGAAAUGCGCUCUGUUAUGCACCUGAGUGAUGACAAAGAAGUUGUUCAUGAUGCAUUUAUGGAUGUUGUGUCUGAUAUGAAGACUGAUGCUGGAGAUUAUGAACUUCGCACAUCAAACAUGGCCUAUGUGUCAAACCAUCUGUCAUUACUGAGCCAGUAUGAUAAAAUCCUGAAAGAAAAGUAUCAAAGCACUGCUAAAACUGUCGACUUUGGUGCAAGUGAGGAAGUGAGGCAGGAGAUAAAUGCAGCAGUUGAGAAAGAGACCAACUCCCGCAUAAAGGACCUCAUUCCCUCAGGUGUUCUAGAUUCCUUGACAAGGAUGGUGCUUGUGAAUGCUGUUUAUUUCAAGGGGUUAUGGGCUAAGCAGUUUGAUAAAGCAGAUACUUAUGACCGAGAGUUCUGGACCUCAAACACUGAGAAUGUCAAGGUGCCCAUGAUGUACAAGAAAUCUGAGUUUCGCAUCUUCUUUGAUAAAGAUCUUGGAGCCACCAUCUUGGCAAUGGACUACCAGGGUUCCAGAUUGAGCAUGGUGUUUGUGUUACCUGAUAAACGAGAUGGUUUAGCAGAAGUUGAAAGCAAAUUAGCCACAACAGAUCUGAGUGAACUUCACAGGAAGUUGCGUGAAGUGAAGUUAGAAGAAACACUUGAUCUGGUUGACACUCUGAGUGAGAUGGGAAUGAAGGAUCUUUUUGAUGAGCAGUCAGCUGACCUGUCUGGGAUCUCAGGCAACAAGAACCUGUUUGUCUCCAAAGUGAUUCAUAAAUCUUUCUUGGAAGUAAAUGAAAAAGGCAGUGAAGCUGCUGCAGCAACAGGUGUCGUGGCGCAAGUAAGAAUGCUUAUACGUCCCAUUCCUCCUUUUAUUGCUGACCAUCCAUUUAUGUUCUUCAUCUAUGAUCAACGUUCUGGUUUGGUGCUUUUUGUUGGUAGACUUGUUAAACUGUAAUAUGAUUCCAUCUAUAUACUGAUGUUAGAUCAGUGUAAUCAAAAUUUUAUGAAGGCUUAAUUUAUUCAAAUUUAGAUUCCAUCAUUAUACUGUAUAUAGGGAUCUGGGAUAUAUUUUACCAAGCAUUAUUUCUGAUUUGGUAUCCUGAAGGAAAACAAGAUAUGAUUUAAGAGGCAAUGAAUUUUGAAAAUUAUAAGCUAAAUUCAUAUGAAAAAUUAUUUUCAAAUAUAAUGUAAAUGAUAAUAUUGAAAAUAAUAGAAUAAUAGGACA